GGAACCGUAUGAAACGCUGUCCCACACUCAAAAUCUGCUUUGGCGCCAUUGUCAGCUCGAUCAGAACACAAAGAGAGAGAGAGAGAGAGAGAGAGAGAGAGAGAGAGAGAGAGGGUGAAAGAGACAGAGAAAGAAAGAGCUUGUUGGUUUCGUAUUUUGACCCACACAGAGACUUUGGUAGAGCAACGCCGCCCCGGAACAUUCCCGUGAGUCUAUCACCAUGGCCGAAGUAGUAUCAGUCAUGGACAUCGACGACGACAACGACGUCAACACCAAAUCCAUAAACGACAAGGGCAAAAACGUCGUCGUCUUGUCGGACACCAAAGCCACUCCCUGGGUUGAGAAGUACCGUCCCCAGUCCCUCGCCGACGUUGCCGCUCACCGCGACAUUGUCGAUACUAUUGAUAGGUUGACCAGUGAGAACAGAUUGCCGCACCUUCUUCUGUAUGGUCCACCAGGUACGGGAAAAACUUCGACUAUUCUUGCUGUGGCGCGCAAGCUUUAUGGAGCUCAAUACCACAAUAUGAUUCUGGAGUUGAAUGCCUCCGACGAUAGAGGAAUUGAUGUUGUGCGGCAACAGAUCCAAGAUUUUGCUAGCACUCAGAGCUUCUCAUUUGGUGCAAAGGCAUCUGUGAAGUUGGUCUUGUUGGAUGAGGCAGAUGCCAUGACAAAGGAUGCCCAAUUUGCUCUGCGAAGAGUGAUUGAGAAGUACACAAAAAACACUAGGUUCGCCCUUAUCUGUAAUCAUGUCAACAAGAUUAUUCCAGCAUUACAGUCAAGAUGCACUCGGUUUAGAUUUGCCCCUCUUGAUUCCUUUCAUGUCACUGAGCGACUGAAACAUGUAAUAGAGGCUGAAAGGCUGGUUGUAUCUGAGAGCGGCUUAGCAGCACUUGUACGGCUUAGCAAUGGUGACAUGAGAAAGGCUUUGAACAUUUUGCAGUCUACACAUAUGGCGUCACAGCAGAUAACAGAAGAAGAAGUGCACCUUUGUACUGGAAAUCCAUUGCCAAAAGAUAUUGAGCAGAUAUCUUAUUGGCUUCUAAAUGAACCAUUUUCAAAGAGUUUUAAACAAAUAUCUGAUGUCAAAAGAAGGAAAGGAUUGGCCUUGGUAGAUAUUGUAAGAGAAGUGACCAUGUUUGUCUUUAAGAUAAAGAUGCCAUCAGAUGUUCGAGUUCAGUUGAUCAAUGAUAUGGCUGACAUCGAGUACAGACUGGGUUUUGGGUGCAAUGAUAAAUUGCAACUUGGAUCACUUAUAUCUUCUUUUACACGGGCUCGUGCUGCUUUGGUUGCUGCUGCAAAGUAGUUAUGUCUCUAAUUUGUGGUGUUGCUUUUCAUCAUGGAUCAACUUCUGAGGCAUAUGGUAAUACCCAAACUUGAGUAGGGUGUUGUUACAUAUUGUUUAUCAUCUCUAUAUUUUACAACGCCAGUGUUAAUAUUUAUAGGGUCUCAAGUUCCGUUAGAUUUCAGCUUUAGACAUUGUCUUUAAAUGUUUGCUGGUAGAAGGGCAGAGAGUGGUGGACAGCUCCAGGAUAUAGGAUAUUUGCAUAUGUAGUUUGCGAGUGAUGAGAAUAUAGGAAUCUUCAACUCUGCGCAUUUAUUAGGUUUUCCAACUCUUAUUGGGAUGUUCACCUUGGUACAUAUUGUGAUACAUUUGCUUUGCCCUAUUUUGUAUUAAGCCACCUGUUUUAGCUCACUUCUGUUGCUAAUCUAUUCCAUAUUUGAUUGGUGAUGGGUUUUAUUUUCUUAA